AUGGCAGACAGUGCAUGUGAUGUUGGAGUACGUGAGGUAGAAGAUGUUUAUGCAUGUCAUUUGGUUAAAGGUGAGAUAGAAAAUUUAUUUGUGGGGCUGAAGGCUUGUGAAAACAGCAAAGCACCUGGAAUCAAAGCAGCUGUGGAAACUGCUAUGACAGAGAUGUGUAGGGAUUGGAAAGAGAAGACAGUGGCCCUGGGAGCAGAUGGAGCAAAUGUUAUUCUUGGAGAAAUAAGUGGUGUUUAUGGCUUGCUUAAACAAGAAAUUCCUCACAUUAUUAAGGUACACUGCGUUGCACAUAGGUUGGAACUUUCAUUUGCAGACACCUUGUCAGAUGUUCCAGUUCUUAAAGAUGUCAAAGAAAUGCUUCAAGGUAUUUGGAAGCACUAUCAUUAUUCUGCAAAGGCAGUCCGUGAGCUUAAAGAACUAGCUUAG